AUGACAGCUACAGAAACCAUUGUUGGUAAUGAUGCCGAUACAUAUUCGGUCCCCGUGGCCGCAAAUCAAGUAUACGACAAGGGCAUCAUUUCGAAUCCCCUUAUAGCCAAAGACCUCCCCGCUGAAGUCCUCAAGAAAAGCACAGGCAUCAUCUUCACCGGCUCCGACAGUCCUUCUCUUCCCGUCAACUGGAGACUUGCAGAAGCCGUUUCGUCUCUAAAGGCACUGGAAGCAGCCUUGGUGGACGUUAUUCUCCAGCGCCGCUACGGUCUCGAGCCUCACCGUGUCACCAUCAACACCGACCACGCCAGUCUCUUCAUCUUCUCUACUCUCCUCUGGACUAUUGAUCCGUCCGAAGGAGGGGAGAAUAUCAGCCCCAACAGCCUCCGUCAGGCAAACGCGAAUCUGUUCAAAUACUUUCCUAGCUGUGACAAGCAUCGCAUGAAUGCUUCCACUCACCGCAACCUGGCAACCAAUAUCUACAAGUGCGCCGACGGUCGUUUCUUCCAAGCCCACGGGUCUCUGAAUCCUACGCCGACGCUCCUCAACGUUGGUCUGAAAGCCGAAGCCGACGAGGACACAAAUGUCUACGAGGAUGCCGUCAAGCCGUUUAACGAAGCGUUUGCAAAGAUUGACAGCCAGGCCCUGCAGCAAAUCACGGAUGAGACGCGGCAAGCUGGCACCAUUUGCUACACUGCGGACGAGUUCCUGAAUUCGAAGCACGGCAAAGCCAAUGCACAUAUUGGGCUUUGGGAAAUUCGUGAGACUGCGAACAAGCUUCAACAGCCUUGCUGGUGGGAAACGCCUAAAUGUCAAUCUGGUGUUUCUCGGCCACUCGCCGCACCCCAUUUGCCAGACGUUGCAUCUCUUCAAGCUGAUCUCAGCUGGGGAAAAUGGAACUGCAGCAUCGAUCUCCGAGAGGAGAGUGGUCGACAGAAACUGAAGCAGCUCAUCCAGGAGGCCGAUGUCGUCGUCCAGGGGUACCGACCUGGCACUCUCGACAAGUACGGCUUUGGCGAAGGGGACGUCAUCAAGAUGUGUGAGAAUCGAUCCAAGGGAAUCAUUCAUGUGCGAGAAAACUCAUACGGCUGGCAUGGCCCAUGGAAGGACCGAAGCGGAUGGCAGCAAAUUGCUGACGCUCAUACCGGCCUCAGUUAUUCUUUUGGUCAAGCCAUGGGAGUUGAUGAACCCGUCACGCCCAUCUUCCCUCACAGCGAUUAUUGCAGCGGCGUUGCCGGUUCUUGCGCAGUCCUCAUCUCCCUGCUGCGCCGUGCCGAGCGAGGCGGAUCUUAUUGCAUCGAUCUCUCCCUCAAUUACUACAGCACAUGGCUUAUCCGUUCCGUGGGCACGUAUCCCGCUCAGGUCUUUGACAAGGUGUGGGCUGAGCACGGCAGGCCUGUCUACCGCUACUGGCACAACAACGGCAUCUCGGCGCCAGAAACGGUCAAGAGGCUCAAGAGCGGACCGGCAGGUAAGAGGAUAUUGCGCCCGGAGUUCUUCGAGGAUCGACAAUCACCGAGUGUGCUUGGAGGCAAGGUGUUUCGUGCGGUCAAGGGAGUUGCGGAUUGGGGUGGCGUGGUUGAUUUGCGAUACAAUGUUGGAACUCGUGGAAAUGGGAUGGAUGCAGCCAGAUGGCCAGAAGACUUGAUGCAAGAAGUGGUUACAGAAUGA